AUGACAGAUACCGACACGGAAGAAGAUGAGACCGAGGAGCCUGAGUUUGUGCCGUUGCCUCCUCCGCCUAAAGUUCGAACUCAGAGGCAGAGUGUGUCUGCGGAAGCUUUCGGGGAAUGGAACCAGCGGGUUGUGUUUGAGCCCACGGUCUACCCGAAAACGCCAGACCAGACACAAGAGCUUGUUGAGGUGACAGCGCAGUCUUUUCUCUUUACAUCUCUGGAAGAGAAAGACCUUCGCGUUGUCAUCGCGGCCAUGAAGGGGCCGCUAAUCUUAGAGCCAGGUCAUAGAAUCAUCCAAGAGGGUGACACCGGGGAUCACCUGUACGUUGUCACGGACGGGGCCAUGGACUGCAUCAAAGUCAUCGAUGGUGUGGAGAUGGUUGUCAAAACGUGCGUCAAGGGCGACCUGUUUGGUGAGCUUGCGCUUUUGUAUAACUGCCCCAGAGCGGCGAGCGUCCAAAGCCGCGAGCCUUCGGUGCUCUGGGAGCUGGACCGUGCAACGUUCAACAACAUUGUCAUGGAAGGAGUCCAGCGGAAACGAAAUCAGUGCCUUUCAGUUCUCUCGUCCGUGCCGUUGUUUUCCAGCAUCACGCGCGGGGAGUUGGAGAACAUCAUCGACGCCUUAAAGAUGGAGAGGCGGCCAAGGGGUGACAUCAUCAUCAAUCAAGGCGAAGUCGGCGAUCAUUUCUACAUUGUCUACGAGGGUCAGGUCAUGGCCUCCAAAAUCACGGAGGAGUCUGCAGAGCCCGUGAUGAUGAUCCACGAGGCCGGCGACUACUUUGGCGAGCUCGCGCUCAUCCUCGAG